AGAGCGAUGUGUGUGUCUUCCUAUUGAACAUGUACUUUAGCCUGUUAAUGUUUCCUGUUUUAAAACAAUAGAAUAAUACGUGUGUGAAAUGAGUUAGUUCUUUUUUUUCGUCCAUUUGUUUUUUUGUUAUCAUGUAAUUAAUAUAUAUGAUGUUUCUUAAAUACUAAGCUGGUUGAUAACUUUUAUUUUGGUAUAUAUUUUUUGUCUAACUGUGACCGGAAGUGCAAGCUAAUUUGACUUUAGUUCCUCCCUGAACGCUGCUCAAUGCAUAUCUGUACAUUCAUUUUCAAUUUCAGUUGGCAACAGUCUUGUCAUGUACCCUACACAUGAUUUGCCAUACACUUUCAACUGAUUUAACGAGGAGGAAGUGUAAUGUCUUGUGUGUACCGAAUGCUGUCUGUUUCCCGACUGUCUGAUUUUAGUUCCUAGCCUAGCCUACUAUAUUGGAAUCUGUCAGUCGUCUGCCUGGAUAUUGAAUGGGCACUGCAUUCAAGAACACCUAGCUUCAGCUGAAGUGGCACCAAGAUUUUUUGUAUUGAAAGAGAUGCUACAAAUUGGGGAUGGUGUCACUUGCCUGUCGGCAGUGUUCAUCGUGCUUCUUCUCGGAACCAGGAGCGCACUGUGGUCCACAGUGAUAACUACAUCACUUUACUUUUUUCUGUUUAUGUUCCGAUUCCCGCAAGUCCCAGCGAGCCGAGCACGGCAGGUGCUGCGGCCUGGAAAACCGACCGCCGGUGCGAUAUCGAUCAUUGCUCAUCGGGCUGGCGGUCACGAUGCCCCAGAAAACACCAUAGCGGCUAUUCGGGAGGCCAGUCAAAAUGGAGCGACAGGGGUGGAACUGGACCUGGAGUUCUCUGCCGACGGGGUGGCUAUUCUUAUGCAUGACGAGACCGUUGACAGGACCACCAACGGGUCAGGACUCCUCAGUAAGCUGCGCUUCUCUGAAAUCAACAAACUGGAUGCUGCGGCCAAGCACCGCCUCAGAAACCGUUUCCAUGGUGAGAGGGUACCCACAUUGGAGGAGGCUGUGGAGGAGUGCAUUAAACACCAGUUGACCAUAUACUUUGAUGUCAAAGGUCAUCCCGAUGAGGCAGCAGCCACUCUCAAGGACUUUUAUAAGAAGCAUCCAGUUCUGUACAACUCCAGCAUUGUCUGCUCCUUUGAGCCUAAAGUCAUCUACAGGAUGCGCCAGGCCGACCCGGAGGUGGUGACCGCGUUGACCCACCGGCCCUGGAGCCUCAGUCGGCUAGGCGACGGCACACCGCGUUUCACCGCCGCGUGGAAGCACCACUGGCACCAGGUGCUGGACGUCCUUCUGGACUGGGCCCACCAUCACGUGCUGUGGCACCUGUGUGGAGUGUCUGCUUUCCUGGUGCAGAAGAACUUCAUCUCCACGGACUAUGUGCAAUACUGGACGGAGAGGGGCGUGGAGGUGGUGGCCUGGACCGUGAACACGGCCGUGGAGAAGCAGUACUAUCAGGAGCUGCUGAAGGUCAACUACAUCACCGACAGCCUGAGGGAGGACUGCGAACCUCACUACUGACGUGGAAGUCCCGAGGAACAACACCUACCUACAUCGCGCCUCUGACGCAAUUGGCAAAUUCCCCAAGGCCUUCCUGUAAAAAACAUGUGAAUAUGAUAUUACAAGUACUGUUUAAUGCAGGCCCACUCAGGUGCAACUACGCUUAAACUUUUAAGUGGAAGAGUAGAGUUUGUAAAAAAAUGGUUCCAGAUAUUUAAAUAUUUGCUGUUUUUCCUGGUGCGGUGACUUGCAGACCUUUAUGUGGUGGAGAAAGGGUACAUUACAGCAUCUAUGGUCAUGAAUAGGUUUUAAAUGCUCAUAUAAAUGAUAGAAAGAUGUUUUAGAUUCUCGUCAGUUAAUUGACACAAUGAAUGUGUGCAUGCAAUAUUUCAAGACGUACAGUCUUUACUUAUUUAAAACAAACAAACAAAUAAACAACAAAAAAAACAUUCUUUAGAACGCCAUUAACACUGGACUACUAUUUCUCAGUGGUAGUAGAGCUGCCACGUUAUUAAGUUUCAUUCUGUCCUUGACUCAAGCUACUAAUGAUAAUUUCUCAUCGUAUCGCAUUAUCAGAUAUUUUCCUUAUAGCCUUAAUUUGUGUUUUGGGGUUGUAUCAGAAAUGGAACCAGAAGCAAUAAGAUAGAGAACAUCAUCUUCCAGUACAAGGUGCCUGGCAGCUAACAUAUUGACAUAAUGUUAGAAUUCUGGGAUAUGUCUUGAUUAAAAGAUUAGCUCACAAAUAAAAGCCUGAUCAGAUUUGAA